AUGGACGGCAGCGGCACGGACUCCCCGCGGCCGACGCGGCCCAUGCCCAUUGCCAUUGUAGGCAUGUCAUGCCGCAUGCCUGGCGCCGUCUCCUCCCUCGCUGACUUCUGGGACAUGAUGGUCUCUGAGCGCAGCGGGAGGACCGCCUUUCCGGUCGACAGGUUCAACCCGGACACUUUCUACCACCCCAACCCGGACCGCAAGGACUGCAUCAACACGAAGCAUGGCUACUUUGUCGACCAGGACGUGUCGACCUUCGACGCUUCCUUUUUCAAGAUGGGCGCCACAGAAGCGGCGGCCACGGGUCCGCAGCACCGGCUGUUGCUCGAAUGCGCCUUCGAGGCGCUGGAGGAUGCGGGCAUCCCCAAGGAGCGCAUUGCCGGCCGCGACGUGGGCGUCUUUGCCACGAACAACAUGUGUGACUACACAUUUGCCCAGAUGAACGACGUGCACAGCAGCACGCCCAUGAGCGCCGCGCUGGGCAAUGCCUGCAUGCUCGCCAACGGCAUCUCCUAUCACUUCGACCUCAAGGGCCCCAGCGUCACGGUGGAGACGGCGUGCUCGUCGACGCUUUCCGCCAUGCACCAGGCGGCACAGAGCCUGCGUUCGGGAGAGACCGAGGUCUGCCUGGUGGCGGGGUGCGCUCUGAACCUGACUCCGUGGAGGUGGAUGUUGCUGUCCAACCUGAUGAUGCUGAAUCCCUCGGGCGAGAGUGCCGCCUUUGACCGGGCGGCUGACUCGGGCUAUGCCCGUGGAGAAGGGGCCGGAUGCCUGGUGAUGAAGCCGCUCGACCACGCACUGCGGGACAACGACCGCAUCCACUGUGUGCUUACAGACGUCGGUGUCAACCACGACGGCCAGAAACUCAGCUACACAACGCCCAGCGAGGCCUCGCAGGCAAAACUAAUGCAGCAAGUGUAUACGCGCGCCGGAAUAUCCCCUGAGGACGUGGGGUUUGUGGAAGCACACGCCCCUGGAACCCGAGUGGGAGACCCCAUAGAGCUCUCUGCCAUACACACUGUCUUCGGCAGUGGGCGGACCGCCGCAGCCCCGCUGCUCCUCGGCUCGGUCAAGUCGAACGUGGGCCACCUCGAGUCGGCCAGCGGCAUCCCUUCGGUCAUCAAAGUCGCCAUGAUGCUGCAGAAGGGCAUCGUGCCGCCGACUGUCGGCUUCAGGCAAGAGAACGAAAAGGCACCCCUACGCAGCCGCAACAUGGAGGUGCCGGUGCAUUCGGUGGCGUGGCCACAAGGCAAGCGUUAUGCAGCAGUCAACAACUUCGGCUUCGGCGGUACCAAUGCCCACUGCGUGCUGGAACAGCCGCCCGCAAGCCAGCCUGCUGCUUUGCCAGCCGGCGAAGAUGACGCCGGUGCAGACCCGCUGCUCAUCCCGCUCUCGGCAAAUGACGAGGCUGCUUUCACGCAGCGGAAAGAGCAACUGGUCCGGUUCCUACAGGGCGACGUCCAAGUGUCGGCUCGUGACCUGGCCUACACGCUCGGCCAGCGCCGGACUCACUUCACCUCGAGAACCGCGGCGGUGGCCUCGACGACAUCAGAGCUCUCGAUUGCCCUGGCCAGCAGCGGCAGCGGCGUGAGGUCCGGGCAGCGGGGACCGAGACUGGCCUUCAUUUUCCCCGGACAGGGUUCACAGUGGCUGGGCAUGGGCCGCGAGCUCUUCCACCGGUACCCGGUCUUCACUCAGGCGAUCCGCGAGACGGAUGCGAUUCUGGUCAAACUCGGGGCCGACUUCACGCUGGAAGAGCAGAUGUUCAAGGCUGGACCCGAGUCGUCCCGCAUCGACCAGCCCGAAGUCAGCCAGCCCGCCACCACCGCCCUGCAGGUCGCCCUCGUGCUCCUGCUCCGAUCGUGGGGCGUCGAGCCGCACGCCACCGUCGGCCACUCCAGCGGCGAGAUCGCAGCGGCCUUUGCGGCGGGCAUCUUGUCCCUGGAGAGCGCCACCCGCGCCGCCUACUACCGCGGGCAGUUUACGGCAGCUCUUCGCACCGAGCAACCGGACCUGCGUGGAGGCAUGAUAGCCAUCAUGGCAGGGGCUGACGACGUUUCGCCACUGCUCGGUGCUGUCAGCGCAGGGACGGUUGUCAUCGCGUGUGAGAACUCGCCCAAGUCGGUCACGGCGUCGGGUGACGAGGCGGGGCUGGCAGAGCUGGAGGGCCUCAUGCGACAGAAGCGCAUAUUACACAAGCGUCUCGACGUGGACGUGCCCUACCACUCUCCAUUCCUAGAGCACGUGCUGGAACUGUACAAGAACCUCGAGGGCCUGGAGCCGCAGCCGAAAGAGAAGCACACGGCCGACUUCUACUCGACCAUGCACGGCCGCAAGCUAGCCGGCUCCAAGGUCAAACCCUCGUACUGGGCAAGCAGCGCCAGGUACCCUGUCCGAUUCUCGCAGGGCGUCCUCGACCUGCUGUCCAGGGACAACCCACCGGAUGCUUUCGUGGAGAUUGGACCGCGUACCACGCUCCUGGGACCGACCAAGCAGAUUCUCCACGCUGCCGGCAAGGUCGACAAGACUCUCCUCUUCUCCAUGCUGGAGCGCGGCAAGGACGCCCGCCGCACGAGCCUCGACCUGGCAGGCAAGCUCUUCAGCCUGGGCAUCGGCUUGGACUUCAACCAAGUCAACUUCCCCGCCAGCGAUGCCUCGCCGCCACGGCUGGUCGAGGGGCUGAGCCCCUACCCGUGGUCGCGUACUCGGCACUGGCUCGACUCGCGGCUGCUGGAAGAGAGCCUUCGCGGCAGCAGCACGCGGCACGACCUGCUGGGGCGGCCGCUGGAGGGCCUGAGCGGCGGCGAGGCGGCGUGGACGAGCGUGCUGCGCAUCGAAGACCUGCCGUGGCUGCGCGACCACCGGCUGGGCGCCUCGGCCGUCUUCCCCUUUGCCGGCCUGCUCAGCGCCGCCGUCGAGGCCGCCGCCCAGCUCGCUGCUGAGCGUCGCAGCCUCCUCGACUUGGACGCUGCUGGUGCCGGCUUCAUGCUCCGCGACGCCCGCGCCCUGAGCCCCCUCGUGCUGCGCGAGGGCAACCGCUGCGACUUGGCUACCAAGCUGCGCCCCGUGCCUGGCGCUGGCGGCUGGGACGAGUUCGAAAUCUCGACUUGGGAUGCCGGUGCCAGUGGCUGGCUGCACCACUGCCGUGGCCUGAUCUGUGUCCGCGCUGGAUGUGAGAGCACGACGAAGACGCGGCCAGAGGAUGCUGUGGCCAAGUGCCGCCGCAGUGUGGACGGGAACACGCUAUACCGGGACUGGGCACGGGUGUCUCCCCAGCGCGGAACGACGUUCCAGAACGUGCAGAGUCUCCGGUACGGUGGUGGGAAGGCCGUGGGCGAGAUCAGCGUCUCAGACACGCAGGCGGUGAUGCCAUAUCAGUAUGAGACGGCGCUGACGGUGCACCCGACGACGCUGGACGGUCUGUUCCAAUGCGUGCUACCUCUGCUGGUGGCCGAGCCUGCGAGAGGCCCAGACAAUAUCUGGACACCGACAGGGGUUGGGCACAUGUUCGUCAGCCGCCACGUACCUGGGAAGCCGGGGGAUCGUCUGGAUGCUGUGGCUACGGUGGGGGGUGUGUCUGGAGACUUCUCCAUUACUGCCUGGGCAGGGCAGCAGAUGUGCAUCGAGCUGGACGGGCUGACCAUGGGCGCUGCCAACUCAGGGGCUGUGAGAUGGCCCGAACCGACGAGUGGCUGCUACAAGGUGGCGUGGCAGCCGGCUGACGCCUUCACGGCAACCAAGAGCAGCAGCCAGCCCUGGCUCGUCGUGUACACCGACCCCAGGACCGAGGACUUGGCCUUCGAGGUGAAGGAUCAGAUGACCCGUGCGAAACUGACCGUGUCGGUGUGUGCCCUGGCCCAGGCUGAGCCCGGGAGCAGGGGAGGGGUGGUGAUAUGUGAUGUGCACGGCUCGCUUCUGUCUGAGGCCGAUGAAGCCGGGUUCGAGAAGCUGAAGCGCAUCUUGUUGACCGCCGACGAAGCGGUGUGGGUGACCAAAGGGGCGCAGAAGAAGACCACCAUCCCGCAUGGAGGCAUUGUCGCCGGCUUCGCCCGGACGCUGCGGUAUGAGCUGGGGACGAGGAUCGCCACGCUGGACCUGGAUCCUGACGAGGACGACGAAGAUGAUGCCGAGGCCCAGGCUUCGUUGGUGGCCGAGGUCGCGGCGCGGAUUGGUAGCAGCAGUCCCGGCAGGAUCGAUCUGGAAUACGUCGAGGAGGACGGGAUGCUGUUGGUCCCGCGCCUGGCGGACAAUGAGCCCGUCAUGCGUGCCUGUCAUGCCGCCACCGGUGCUUGCGGGCCGUCUGCGCAGCGUUUCGACCCCGAAAGACGCAUGAAGCUGGCACUGGCAAGGCCAGGAGCGCCCGAGACGCUGUACCUGGAAGAUGUUGACGCCGUUUCAGAUGUACAGGACGGCGAGAUCGAGGUGCGAGUGGCGGCCACGGGUGUCGCCAUGGACGACGCCAGAGCCGCAUCGAAUCUCUCCAUCAGCCGUCCACUGGGCACCGAGUGCAGCGGCAUUGUGACCCGUGUUGGCGGCGGGGUCGAGGGGCUGGCCGUGGGUGACCGCGUGUGCUGUCUGUCGGCCGAUGCGUAUGGCACGUUUGUGCGUUGUCGAGCAUCGAGCGCCGCCAGGAUUCCUGAUGACAUGCCGUUCGACGUCGCCGCUGCGCUGCCUGCUGAUUACACCCAAGCCUACUACGCCACCGUCGAAGAAGGGCGCCUCCGCAAAGGAGAGCGUGUUCUCGUACAUGCUCAUGGAAGCCUGGGCCAGGCCGUUGCCCAGGUUGCUACCGCUCUGGGUGCCGAAGUCUUUGAUUCGCGCACCAACAAGAGCCCCAAGGACGUCGAUUUGGUCAUCAACACCCUGCCCGACGAUGCCGAAUUCGUGCAGAGUGCAUGGCAGUUCCUCGCGCCGUUUGGUCGCUUCGUGCAGCUUGGCGACUCCCAUGGGACCUUGACGAUGCCUCCUAUCGGCGCCCGCGGCAACUGCUCCUUUGCAUACGCUGCUAUUGAUGUCGUUGCUGCAAAUCGACCACGCCUGAUGGCAGACGUCUGGGCCCGUGUCAUGGAGCUUGUGGCGUCGAACCGCAUCGGUCCGGACCCAUCGACACUGUCCAUCAUUCCUCUCUCCCAGCUACCGGCCGCCCUCCGUGAUGUCUCAUCCGGCACCGCUACGACCAAGCACGUAGUCAUCAACAAGCCUAGUGACAUGAUCCAGGCUACCUUGCCCACGCCUCCCGCCCCUGUCCUCAGGCCCGACGGCUGCUACAUCAUCGUGGGUGGCACGGGAGGCUUGGGCCGCAUCAUUGCCCAGUGGAUGGUUGGAUUGGGAGCCCGCAACAUCUUCUUGCUGUCUCGGGGCACCAAGGUCAACGACCAGGUUGAGAGAUUGAUCCAUGACAUGCAGGAAGCAGGAGCACGCAUCGAGGUCAAGACCUGCGAUGUCUCCAACAAGACUCAGGUGAACUCGGUGAUCAGCGAGUGUGCUGAGAGCACCGGGCCGAUCCGUGGUGUCAUCCACGCGGCCAUGGUCUCAACAAAGGGUGCCCCGUUCGAGAGUACGACUUUCGAAGAAUUCAAGUCGGCGAGUGAGUCCAAAGUCGCUGGCGCGUGGAACCUGCACUGUGCACUCAGCAGCGCCCCUGAGCUGGACUUCUUCAUCAUGUUCUCCUCCACUGCCGGUGUGCUUGGCAUGCCGGGUCACAUCGGCUACUCAUCAGCCAACACCUUCCUCGAUGGACUCGCCCAGUUCCGCGUACGCCAGGGCCUGCCCGCCGCCUCACUUGCCCUGGGAUUCGUCCUGGAUGCCGGAUACCUUGCCGAACGCGCCGACCUGACUCAACUGCGCCGCAUCGGAGGUCUGGAGGGCGAGUAUGUGACGUCCGCCGACGUAAUAGCCCUCUUGUCCACCGCCAUCCGUGGCAGCGUGGGCGCGAACUGCAUCAUGGGCAUCGGCUUCGGUGGCGACAGCAGCAACGCAAAGAUGCAUCCAAGCAAAGACGACGCGCGUCUGGCAAAGCUGCGAUUGAGAUGCCCGUCGUCAUCGGCCCAGACCGAGCGGCGGGACCAACACUCCCUGACCAACGGCGACGGCGGCGAGACUUCAUUGUUCGCCGAGCUGCGCCACGCGGUCGACAAGCAGACGGCACUCGACCUGCUCUUCGACGCCGUGACGAAGAAGGUGGCGGCGCUGUUGCUCGUGCCCGUCGAGCACGUCCGCUCCACAAAUAGCACCGCCGAACUCGGCCUUGAUAGCUUGACUAUGAUGGAGCUGAUGAACUGGGUCGCUACCGACUUGCGCACCAGGCUCAGGAUGACCGACCUUUUCCAUGUGGAAGGCUUGCUCGACCUGUCCAACCAAAUUCUGGAGAAAUCUGGUAUUGUAUUCAAGAACUAG